CCUCAUUCUGUCCAUUAACUGCAAGCGAUGCGACAGGCGACAUGCAAAAGAGAUGUUUCCUUGCAUACAACCGGCCUUGCGCGUCUAGAACAGCUCUUAUUCGGGUAGAUCAGGCCAGAUCACGACAUGCACGAAAGCUUUCACGCAGUCUUCAUUACUAACAACAACGUCACACUGACAGCUUCUUAUGCUCCGCGGCGCAGGUAACUCUUGGUACCAUAUGCACUGACACUUGGACAUGUUGACUGUGUCACAGAGGCGUUACGCCAUGAAGUCGCCCGCGGAGACAAACUUCUAGCACUCCUCCAACCAUGUCGGAAACUACUGUCGCCUACCAGGCUCUAACUAAACAUCUAGCCAAGCAGAAGUACGUCUUCGUGUGUCCAUCGCCAGAGACACAGGGUAGAGUGGUGAAUAAAAGGCGCUCUAAUGUCGCGACGGAAGAUGCCCAGAACGCGUACGACUUCUUUGGGUGGAACUUGCCAUGUACCAGAGAAGCACUCCGAUCGAUAAUACCUGACGACAUAUUCGAAAGCCUCCACAAAGCCGCCGUGAUCACACAAAGUGAUGACAAUAGCUACCGCUCCACCAUCCGCGUAUCCAACCUGUACCUUCCCAACCUCCCGAAUCGCGGCCCUAAUGUCGCCUCGCUAUACUACAUUCAUUCUUCAUUCCCAGCAUCGUCCGACUCAGUCUUCUGCGGCCCCGACACGUACUUCUUUGUUGGCUUCCUCCAAACCAUAUCUCGACACCUUCCACAUGCACCCAACAGCAUCGUAGAUGUCUGCUGCGGGGCUGGUGCAGGCGCGAUACAAAUGGCAGGGAUGUACCCGCAGGCGAAGACGCUGGGACUAGAUCUAAAUCCGCGCGCGCUGAGUCUGGCAGAGGUCAAUGCACAGUUGGCAGGCGUCAAGGUGGGCUUUGCCGAGUCAGACCUCUUUGCGACCGUGCCUGAAGAUCUGAAGCACCAUGGCGUGGAUCUGAUCGUGAGCAACCCACCAUACAUCGCAUCCAGUACAGAUGGUAAAGAUCUACCCACAUACGCAGAUGGCGGCGCUAGCUUCGGCCUCGACCUCUCCAUACGCAUCGUAGAAGAAGGCAUGAAAGUCUUAUCGUUGACUGGUGUCAUUGUGGUUUACACGGGUGUCGCGAUGCCCACUGCCGAUCCUGGCCAUGAUAUCUUCUUAGAGAAGCUUCAACAAAUAGAAGGCGCGGAGCUUGCAGAGUACACGAUUCUGCAUCCAGAUAUGUGGCCAGAGGAGAUCGGGAAGGGUGCCUACGCAGAUGUGUGCAGGAUACAGGUCGUGGGAGCUGUAUUGCGACGCGAUGCCAAGGGUAUGGAAGAGGCAAAGAAGGCGUCGCGCGGACGAUGGGCAGUUUAGUCAGUAGCGACAUAUGUAGUGGGCCUGGUUUCGUCAAUGGAUAAUGUAUACCACAUCAGUUGACUAUUCAGUGAUUUCCAGUACCUCUUGCUCAGUGUGACGUGCGACUUCAUCGACGCAACGCUCAACCUUACCGACUGCCGCGUUCCCAC